AGAGAUAGUGAAGAGGUAGUAGAAGAAGUCCAUAUUAAAAAAAAUUUCAAAAAAAUGGAGGCUGCUGUGAAGUUCCUAUGCAUUCUUGGGGUUCUGGUAGUGUUAGGAAGUGUUGGAUUGAUCGAGAGAGUUGAGGGUGCAGGGGAAUGUGGUAGAGGGACCACACCAGAUAAUGAGGCUCUCAAGCUUGCUCCUUGUGGUUCAGCAGCUCAAGAUGAAAACGCUAGUGUGCCUCAGAGUUGCUGUGCUCAGGUCAAGAAACUUGGUAAGAACCCUAGCUGCCUCUGCGCUGUUCUGCUCUCUGACACUGCCAAAAGCUCUGGAGUCAAUCCUCAGAUUGCCCUUACCAUUCCCAAGCGCUGCAACUUUGUGAAUCGCCCCGUUGGUUACAAGUGUGGACCUUACACUCUGCCUUAAAUGACAAGACAAGAACAACGAGGACUGGCUUAGAGACACUAUUAAUAGCUGCGAGCAAUUACUUGGACAAUAACUAUGCCGUAUUGUCUUGUAAAUUAUAUCCAAUAAGAGCUGGCAGCUCAUUUGUGUCCAUCCUCUAUAAAUUAUGUGAUUCGAGUUAUAUAAUCUAAUGAUUCCCUUUUUCAAUUA